AUGUGUUUAAAAUGAUUUUUAUUUUUCAAUUUCUAAUGCAGUCAUAUUUUCGGUUUGUCUAUGCUGUAAUAUCAUAAUUAAUCUUAAUAUAUUUAGUUUUACUUAAAAUUUGAAAUUUAACGAUUGCAUUCAAAAUUAGGUACAAAAGUUUCAAGUGCAGAGACAGUUAACGUUAGUAGAGAGUAGUACAAUUAAUCACAAAUAAAUUCGAGUUAUAACUCCAUUUCGUUAGUUUACAAAUUUAUAUAAGAAUAAUGAAAUAGGGGUUGGUAACCCUGUUAUGCAUCGCAACAACCAGUAGCUUCUACUGACCACCCUCGUUGCUUUACUUAAAUGAUGUAUUUACAUUAUAAGUUAAAAAGUUGAAGAGUAUUCAUUAAAAAUUAAGAACAGUUUUAUCCACAUUAUGAAACGCUCGAUAACUGAAGAAAAUGGAGAGACAAAAAGAUCUUUCGCCAAACAAGAAUGUGUUACUUUUGGAUAUAAUGGUUCCUAUCCUGCUUAUACUACAGCAUCUUCAUCCCCUUCAACUGUCACGCAACCUUUACCCGGUCAACCCCCAUUACCUCCUAUGCCACCUCCAUCCAGUGGAGUACCGCCGCCUCCUCAUGUUUUUGGACCAGUGCCUUCUCAAGUUACACCAAUUCAAGCAUGGACACAUCCUCCUGCACCAUGGCAAUGGAUAACACCUCAAACAUCACCCCUACCACCUCCACCUCCACGUGAUAUGACCACAAAUUCGUUUCAAAGAGAAAUGCCUCUAAGAGGUAAUUAUAUGAGACGUGAAAGGUUUAAUCACAAUAGAAGCAAUAUAUAUGUUCAAAGAAAUAACUUCCAUCGUAAAAAUAAAAGGCUUGCACGGUUUGGACAGUCUCAGGGUCAAUUUGAUCAGGCAGCAUAUUUCGGUGCAACAUUGAGUAGUAGUCUUGGUUUGGAAUGGCAAAGAAACAAUUAUGCUACAUCUGCAAGUGAUGCUAUUAUGAAUCAUAUGCCUGUUCCUCUUCCUAAUCAUCCUUUACCUUCCCUACCUCCAGGAAUUCUAACAAACCGACAUGGAGAAGAAACUUCAGAUCAGGAUGUUAAAAUUGUUUUGGAAGAAGUUGUAGUUAAAAAGAAUAAGCAAAGGAAACCUAUGUCACAAAGUUACCCUAGUCGACCAUGGAAUCGAGAAGAUGCAGAAAGAGCUUUGAAGACUGAGAAUGAAUACAACAAAACGGUGAAAGCUCAGAGUCUCAUAAUCAAAUUCCCAGAUCCUGAUUUGAAUAAAGAUAUCGUUAGGGAAUUUCAUCCUGGCAUACAAAACAUACAUUUUCAAAGUCCUAGUGGUCCUAGAUACUGUUUCAUACAAAUGGCAGAGAGUGUUGAUAUCGAUGAAGCUAUAAAAGAAUUGGAGAAAAUUCCGUUUGGAGUUGGACAUUUAAAAGUUGAACGAAAAUCCCUAAGGGAUGAAGAUAAUCCAAUGCCCGAGGAAAUAGACCCUUAUACAUUAUAUAUAGGGAAUUUACCAGAAUCCGUUAAUGUUAAUGAAGUAAAAAGUAAAUUUCCCACAGCUGCUAGAGUAGACGUAGGCUAUGCACAGAAAAUGAGAAAUACACGUUACGCUUUUAUAAGGUAUAAUAGUGUAGAUGAAUCUAUAUUUGCUUAUAAGCAAGCACAUGAUUUAAUGUGGGAUACCAGAAGUAUUAUUGUUAGAUUUAGAAGGCAGCGUGGUAAUACUUGUCUUCCUGGUGAACCUAAACCAAAUGUUAAGAAAGUGAAAGAAGAGCCAAAUAGUAAUUCUCAAGUAAAAAAUGAACAGAAGGUUAAUCACACUGAUAAAACCUUGAUAAAUGUAGAAAGUAACGUAGGAAAUAGAUUACAAGACAGUUCCAGUCAGACACAGAAUAAGGUCAUAUCUCAGGUACCAGAACAAAAUACGAAUUUGCAAUCCUCUUCAUCUUCUUCAUCUGUGCCAGCAUCAAUAGCAUCAGCUAAAUCAGCGCAAUCACAACAACAACAGCCAUGGACCAGUCAACCACCUCAAAUACCUCCAGCGUCGGAAGCACCUCCACCGUGUCCAGCUGAGACAGAAUCAGUUUCCGAGACUAUAAUGCUUACGGAAAUCAAGGAAGAACCAGAAGAUUACGAGGAGAUGGAUAUGUCCUGUCAUAUUCGAUCCGAUGACGACAUAGACGAUGAUGUAGAUGAUGACGACGACGACGAUGAAGAGGAAGAAGAAGAAGAUGAUUCCGAUGACAACGAGGAUAAUGACGACGACUUUGAGGAAGAUGAAGGAGAAGAAGUGGAUACAAACGGAAGAUUAUCGUUCACCGAGAAACAAGAAGAAAUAAGGAAAGAUUCUGAGCCAGCUGAUCAUCUCGAUCAAAUGUUCAGCGAAUUGGAGAACAUGGCUGGUGAUAUCGGAUUUUAAUACACACCAACGAGAAUUACCUAUUUCCAUAAUUAUUAGUAUUCUAUUUUUUAAAAAUUUAAUUUCGUACAUGAUGUGUAAAUAUCCCUAGUUGUAAACUAUAACGAGUGAGACUGCAUUUAUUUAAGUAUGAUGUUAGCAAUUGAGUCGUAUUUAAAUACUUUUAUAUCCAUAUGUUUCCAUCUCAUAAAUUUUUGUUCUUAAAAUAUACUUGUACGAAAUUCUUUAAACCAGUUGCGAAUAUGAAUCAAUUUUCUCUGUAUAUUUACUUCGUAUUCGAUUGAUUUCUUCCAAUUCUUAUAUUAAACAACUUUCGCCAUUUAUUAAACUAUUUUUUAUAAAUUAUAUUCUGUUAUGAUUUUAUACUUUCUAAUUAUAUAAAAGUUUACUUAAAAUUGAACCCUAUCCUUUUUAACAAUAUCAAUUAUGUGCUUGCAUAAUGUUUCCAGGUCAAAAUUUUCGAGUACUUAAAUUUUGAUAUUGCACGUUCACACGAAUAU